GAAGGGAGAAGGAGGCGCGACGGAGCAACCAGUCGGCUGUCCUGCGCACAGACAUCGUCGCCGGCCUCCGCUCGACCAACUCGACAAAGCCACCGCCAGUCCGCCUCUGUCCGUCGUUACUUUCCACUCCAUCUCUCUCCCCCCUCCGCGUCAUGCCGCCUACAUCAAGCUCCUCCUCCCUAGCUCCAGGUCAAAUCUACUCUCAACCCGCUCUGACAGGUGCCGGUACCCAUCAAUCCACCAUCCUCAUAACGGCCCUCGAUGCUCUCAAAGCGUGCAGGGUGCCUGUCCGAUUUGAGGACUUUGCAAUCACAAACGGCCUCACGGCUCUGCUAGAUGACGAGAAACUCAAGGAGAGAUUCAAGGCGCAUCCUAGAGUCGUAUGGAAUGAGAGGCUGGAUCUAUGGAGCUACAAGCCAGAGCACGAUGUCCGCUCCCCUAAUGAUCUUCUCUCCCUCCUCCACAACAAGUACACCUCUUCAACAACGCGCUGUGCAGGCAUGAAGCUCAGUGAGCUGCGCGAGUCCUACCCUCAAGCACGAGAAGCAAUCGAAGCCUUCGCUGCUACCCGUCCCCGGUACAAGCGUGAGGUGCUAGUGCUGCGCGGCAAGGAUGGGGCCAUCAAGAUGGUCUUUUCCAAUGAGAGCAAAGGAGAGGAGAUGAGAGGUCCAGAUGAUGGCGGGGACGAAGAGCUGCUCUUUCGCUCUCUUUGGUCUAGCAUUAAGGUGCCGGACUCGGCCGUCGAUCUUGCUCGUCAGCUCGAGGCCGAGGGGAUGACCAGCGCAAACCUCGUACAGUCGACGGUAUCUGCCAACCCGUCAGGACCUGCAGCUGGUGGGCCAGGAGGCAGGAGGGGUGGUCGAGGCGGCAAGAGAGGAGGGGGUGGAAGUGGGAGGAGAGGAAAGGACUCCAAUACGCAUCUCAAGGGCGUCGUCGACCUAACCAAGGAUUACGUCGGGGAGGAGUAG